CACCACACUCUCUCUGGCACUGUGGCAGCAGUAGCAAUGCGCGACUGAUCCUCUUUCCGAAAUCCACUUGCUACAAGGUUCCCCCCGGAGUUUCGGUUCUUCGAUUUGGGUUUUUUUAUCAUUUCGUCAUCGCCCGAACUGGAAGCGGACAGGGCGCUAUGCUGGGCUGGGACGUGUGCGAGCUGGGCGGUCAGCUCCUCGACCUGCUCUGGUUGACGGUUUGCUACAGAGACAUCAUGGCCGACAAGGAGACAGAGACGCCUGUGACUGGAGACGAGGACGAGACGGACCUGAACUACCAGCCGCCGGCGCAGAAGUCGCUGCAGGAGAUCCAGGAGCUGGACAAGGAUGACGAGAGCCUCAACAAGUACAAGCAAGCGCUGCUGGGGGCCGGCCCCGUGGUGGCCGAUCCCUCCAUCCCCAACGUCCAGGUGACUCGGCUGACCCUCAUGUGCGACCAGGCCCCUGGGCCAAUCACCAUGGACCUCACAGGUGAUCUGGAUGCCCUGAAGAAGCAAAACUUCACCAUGAAGGAAGGGGUGGACUACAGGGUGAAGAUCCACUUCAAAGUCAACAAGGAAAUCGUGUCUGGGCUGAAGUACGUGCACCUGACAUACAGGAAAGGCUUGAGAGUGGAUAAAGCUGUGUACAUGGUGGGCAGCUAUGGGCCUCGGGUGGAGGAGCAUGAGUUUCUGACCCCCGUGGAGGAGGCACCAAAGGGCAUGCUCGUGCGGGGCGGCUACCACAUCAAGUCCUACUUCACAGACGACGACAAGACCGACCACCUGUCCUGGGAGUGGAACCUGCAGAUCAAGAAGGACUGGGACGAGUAGCGAGGCUCCGCCCCCUGCAGAGACGCCCCCCUCCCACCACCAUCAUCACCCCCCGUGCGUGCAAGACCACCGCACGUGUGCAGACGGGCAUACAAACAGGAAGCUGAGCUUCGCUCAGCCAUUGGGGGGGAGGGAUAACUGCAGAAAAUGGCACAUAUGUGGAUAUAACUGAUGAUAAAUAUAUUCCUCUGGGUCUAAGUUGGGAAAGGGGAGUGGGAGGGGGAGGGAGUGGGGAUUGCAUAAAGAGCAGUGAUAGUGAUCAGAAAAACAAAGGAGAUUCACUUCAUAGUCCAGCGUAUGAGCGUAAAACGCUGAAAAAAUAAAUGUCAGAUGAAGUCUUUGCACCUGAAUUCUCAGGUCCGGUAGUGUUUUGGUGUGCUGUUUUCUUUUCAUCUCUGAUGCACACUCCCCUCCAGUCUGUCUGACCCCAUGUGACACAUUUGGGCCAGUCAAAGACGAGUGUGGGUCGGGUGUGAAGAGAAAAUCAGAGAUGCCCAGUUCCUUAACCUGUGGUCACUGUACUGUCUUAGUACUGGUUGAACAUCUUUACUCAAAAUGCUUUCCAGGGCCUUACAGCCAUUUCAGCACAUGGUUUCAAUAACGAUUAGCUAUGAAGUGCAUAUCCUCCUGUACCAUCUUGAGGAAACUACAGUGAAGUAAGGAUGAGGGUAGUUCACCAGAGGAAACUAAUGUACAUUACUGUGUUCAAAUGAAAUUAGGUGUGCAGGAAUCCCGCCUUUGGCUUUAGUAUUAUGGAAACGUUAAUUGAACAUUGGCCAAUAGUGAAGGCCCUGGUUAAAGAAUGACUUUUCGAGAUGCUUGCCUUUGUGAUGUCAUCUUCCUCAUCUCGCUUUCUGUAUCUCCUUAUUUCAACCUUCCUGCUCUUCACUAUUUUCUUGCUUUGGGGAUUUAGAUGCUUGUUGUGGACAAUUGAUUUUGUUUUCAGGAAAUUUAAAUGAUUUUAGAGAAAAAAGGAGUUCAUAUACCAAAUGAAGAGGAUAGAUUUUAAAAGGGGUUAAGAUGCAAUGCAAACACCCUACAUUGUCUUUCUACUUCUACUUUGCAAUUCCUCAACUUCACCCAGUACUCAUUAUUGUUAUUUUCUGCUGAUAGUUAUUUACUCCAGAGAAUAUUUUUAAUCCAGCUAUUUUGAUCAGCACAUACAUAAUAUCCCAUAUAUAUUCAGCACUGAAACACAUUUAACAAUGAAAGUGUAAUAUGCCAAAUAGUAUUCAGAUAUGCUCAGUAAUUUGUUUUGUUUAGACAUAUAAAUAUCAAAAAGCACUUUUGAGAAAGGUGGAUGUGCAUGCAUACAAGUAUUUUUUCAGAUGUAUGAAAUUUGGCAUUAAAGAAAGUGUUUGACAUCUGAGCUUCUUUUUAUAUAACUGUAUGUUCAAUAUCUCCAAUCACAUUCUCAUUUUCACUGUGGAUGUGGAAAGGCCGAAAUGCAGUUGAACAAAACAAGGUAUGCUGAAGAUCUUUGUAAUCUAGUGUAACUAAAAUGUCACGAGUUUUCAUGGAGUUCCUGUCAAUUUGAUUACUGUAGAUUUAGCUGUACUGCAGUGGGUCAUGUGUAUAUUUUUUAAAGGAUCGAUAUUGUCAGUGUUGAUAUACAUUUAAAUGUCAUUCAAAAUGAGUCAUAAAACUACAAUGUGGGUGAUGUCUUGUUGCGUGCUGCAUGAAUAUAAAGGAUUCCUUUUUUAAAAACAUUUACUAUGAUUGUCAAGUUUUUAAAAGACAUGAAAA